UUUUACGGUCCAAAACAAGCAACGUCCACAAAUCUACAAAUUGCGCUUGAUCUGGCGCCGCAGUAUUGCUGCACAAAAUGGACAUAGAUGCUUUUUGCGGUGACGAUUUCGACGUGGCUGGUUGGUUGAACCAAUCGUACGAACGGGCUGGCGGAAACAAAGAGGCGUUCGUUUCGUCACUCGUUUCCAAAAUGCAACUCUACGUUCAGCACACAAACGUAGCGCUCGAACAGACGGGUGGCUUAGUGCUGAAGAACGUUCCCCAGGUGAUCCACAACGCAAACAUGCUGCAGAUUGAGACGGGGCUGCUGAAGCAGCGAAUGAGUCAAGUGCAGCGAGAGAUUUCGCACCUGCAUGACGAAACCGGAGAUUGCAUGGCUAGCCUGGAGCGGCUGGAUUCCGUCAAGGGGCGGCUGCAGAGGUCGAGGCAGUGUUUGCAAGAGGCGGAUGGUUGGGGUAAAUUGGCCGGAGAGUUGGAUGAUUUGCUGGAGCAAUCGGACAUUGAUGCGGCAACCAGCAAAUUGUUGUCGCUCCAGAAAUCGCUAGCCGCACAGGUUGGUCUGCACGGGCAGUCGGAGCGCGAAAGUCAGGUGGAGUACUUCAAGAAUCGUCUGGAAGCCCUGAUCAGCCCUUCGGUCGUGGCCGCGUUGCGCUCAUUGGACGGUGCCGCCUGUCGCCGGUACGUCGGAAUCUUCGAAGGAAUUGGCCGGCUGGACCAGUACCGGCAGUACUACCGGACGGUGCUCAAGAGCUUCGUUCACGAGCACUGGCGCAAUGCGGUCGAAAGCAGCGAAAGCGGUGGGUCGGACGUCCUGAAGGAGUUUUACGAUCUGUUGCUUGAGCUGCUGAAAACGCAUCUCCGUUGGUGUGGCCAAACGUUCGGUGUUGUCACUGAAUGUGUCCUAGCCAUCGCCGAUGCGCUCGAAAAUCUCGAGCCCACGCGAGAAAGCGUUGUUCGUAGUGCACUUAAACGAUCGAGCGAUAAGUUUUGGACGUUGAAGCAAUUCGCGCACGUCAACGUGGCCGCCGGUGGCCAGAUGGAGCUGUGGGUGCGCGGUGGUCCACAGCAAGAAGUGAGCAAGUGCACCGACGAAUCCGUGCUGGAUCGGCUUUCGGGUGCAAUGUUCACUUACUUUGGCAUAUUUCUCAAAGAGUACCCGACACUGGAAAAAGCGCACCUGGAAGCGGCAUUGCAGAACCUGGCGAUCGUGGGCACCACACCGUCGGACAGUGUCCACAACCUCGAAAGUGCCAAUGCGAAGGUCAUUCGCUGGACAACGGAAGCUCUGACACGGUGCGAAGAAAUUACGCAGAACUGUGCUCUUCUGUCGCUCGGAAGCGUGCUGCAGAACUAUCUGGUGGCCUAUCUGGAUCAUUACAAUCGCUGCCAAAAGCACCUGGCCGCCAGUCAGCAGAAUCAGACUGACUGGAAUCUGCUGCAACUGAGCGUCGUACUCCUACAGUGUCUCGGAACAUUCCGCCAGACUGUGCAGGAAGCGGAGCAAAUAUUCGUUCGCAGUGUACUGGCCAAACAGAGUCAAAUGGCCACGGGUAAAGCUCUAGCGAGCUUCGCUUACCGCCUGCAGACGAAGGGCGAUGCGAAUGAGUUGGAAAAAUUGGCCACCACAUUCCAGCAAACCAUGGCCGACGUACCGGGCUCGACUGUGGAGUACUUUGCCGAGUUCCAUGAGCGCAUGAAGCGGACUUGCGAGGACAUUCACGACACGCUACUACGGAUCGCUUUCUCGCCAAUCACGAACCACCUUAAGCAACUGGAAGCGAACGGAAGCGGCACGAUGGGAGCAUCAUCUAUGCCGGCCGACAGCUUGCCCGACUUCAGCUACGCCCCACAGGAAUACAUCACCCUCAUUUGUCAGUACUUGCUGACCCUGCCUCAACAUCUGGAACCACUCCUGUUCGCGCCGGCUCCCGUUCUGAAGGCAGUGCUCGAAGUAGCGGAUACUCGCUAUACCUCGAGCCGUCCCUGUGCCGAUGUGUUUCUUACGCUGAUCGUCGAAGAAUCGGAAGCUUUGUACGUGGAGCAGAUCGAGAACAUUUGCGCGCUUGCCCCAUCCGAAGCGAAACAACUGGCCACCGAUAUUGAAUACUUUGGCAGUGUGCUGGAGGAAAUGGGACAAUCGCUGGGCAACAAUCUGCAACAGACGGUCAAACUAUUGCGGGCGCCCCUGGAAUCGUACUCUGCGGCGGCUGCCGGCUGUGAUCCAAUGUUGGUGGCUGCCAUCCGCCAAAAGCGAAACCUCGUUUCUUGCUGAGGGGAUGGAUUAACAAACAUAAUGGAUUAGAAGAAUAUACACAUUCGUUCAUUCGCUGUGUAGAACGUAGGGCUUUCGCAACAUUCGAAAACACUAAAACAGGAAAUUUUUA